AUGGGCGGCCUCGUCGCCGCCCUUCGCGGCCCCGUCCCCGCCCCUAUCGGCCCCGUCGCCGCCCUUCGCGGCCCUGUCGCCGCCUCCAGCGGCCCCGUCGCCGCCCUUCGCGGCCCCGUCGCCGCCCCUUGCGGCCCCGUCGCCGCCUCUAGCGGCCCCGUCGCCGCCCCUAGCGGCCCCGUUGCCGCCCUUCACGCCCCCUCGCGGCCUCUUCUCGGCCCCGUCGCCGCCCUUCGUGGCCCUGUCGCCACCCUUCUCGGCCCCUCCUCGGCUCCUCCGCCACCAGCAGCAGCCGCCACCAGCAGCAGCCACCGCCGCCGCCAGCAGCAGCCGACAACAGCGGCGGCCACCACCAGGAGCAGCCUUCGCCGCCGACAACAGCGACUGCCGCCACCAAUGACAGCAGGAGCUGCCGCCGCGGUCGCGGCUCUGUCCCUGCCGACGCGCCUCGGCCCUGCCCCACCGCUUGCCGGCCCCUACCUACCAGCCCUACUUUUCCUACAGUGCGAUAGGAAGGACGGUCUCUCCCUGCUCGAUCUCACCUCUGGCGCCUCUACUGCCCCUGCUGCCGAUGCUGACAGCACUAUUCGCUCACAGUGGGCCACACGCGAUGCUGCUGCCCGUCUUGCUGUGCGUAGUCACUUGCCGUCCACUGAGCGCGCGCACUUUAGUCAGUACAAGAGUGCUAAGACCUUGUACGAUGCUGUAGUUGCACGCUACUCUUCCCCUGCCACUGCUGCCCUUAGCCGCCUCAUGCUGCCGUACCUGUUUCCUGACCUCGCCGCCUUUCCCACUGUCGCUGACCUCGUUACGCACCUUCGCACUAGUGACACCCGCUACCGCGCUGCGCUUCCUGCUGAGGACCACUUCCUCUCUGUUUGCCCCACCACACUCACCGUUGACCUCCUCGAGGAGCGCCUCCUAGCAGCUGAGAAGAGUAUAGUCGCUGUAGGAGCCUCUCGUGGUGACCCUCGUGCCCCCGUCUUUGAGGGGUGCUCCCCCUCCCCCCUUUUGCCCUCUGUUGCCUCAGCUGCUGCCGUCGACUUCGUUGGCACCGAGUCGGUCGGCGCUGCGUCUGCCCCUAGCGGGAAACGCCGCACCGGCAAGGGCAAGGGGGGCAAGGGCGCUGGAGGGGCUGGCGGGGGCAGUGGAGGUGGCGGUGGAGGAGGUGGAGGGAGUGGGGGUGGUGGUGGGAGUGGUGGCGGGGGUGGGGGCUUCGGUGGCGGCGGUGGCGGCGGAGGCGGCGGCGGCGGUGGCGGUGGGAGCGGAGGAGGAGGCGGAGCUAGUCAGGGUGGCUCUGCGCAGCGGGACGGCUUCGGUGGUGGUCAGCGCCAACAGCAGCAGCGCACUCGUGAGACCCCGCCCCCCCAGCACCUUCGUGAGUGGUACACUUCGCGUCAGCGGGGUGGGGGUACUGGUCCCUGUACCUACAACCUGCGUACCGGCGACCGUACGGGUGAGCAAUGCGGAGGCCCGCACCCCACCCAGCGCUGCUUCGGCCGCCUGACGGACGCCUGGCGUCUCCAGUUCCCUGACGCCACUGAGAUCCCUCGCUGGGGAGAGCUGCAGAGGUCGGGGGUUGCUAUCUUUGAUCUUGAUUAUGAUGCUAUUCUUGCUGCCAUGUAUGCUGUGUCUACUAGUGAUGAGGGUGACUGUUACCUGUGUGUUCCGCCUGGCCCGGGCAUUGAGGCUGCUGCUCUAGGUGCUGGUGAGGCGGCUACUCUAGGUGCUAGUGCGUCUGCUGCCCCAGGUGCUGGUGAGUCUGCUCUCUCAGGUACCACGUCGGCUCAGGCCUUACACACCUUCACCCUUGACUCGGGUGCUUCCCGCUCCUUCUUUCGAGACCGCACCACGCUUACGCCGCCUAGUCGGCCGGUUGUGGUCUCCCUGGCGGACCCCUCUGGGGGUCCUGUCCUUGCCCACUUCUCCACUGUCUUACCGUGUCCGGCAGCCCCCUCUGGCACCCUGUCAGGUCUCUACCUCCCCUCGUUCUCUACGAACUUGGUGAGUGGUGCUGAUCUACAGGAUCGGGGGGUUGACCAGUUCACUCCUGCGAGUCAGCGGCUGACCCACUGUACGUGUGCUCAGACGGGCCGACACUUGGCCACGUUUACCCGUCAGCCGGGGUCGAGCCUGUACACACUGGCUACUGAGUCUCCUCCGGUUGCUGAGUCUGGUCAGGUAGCUGCGUCGACUCAGGUGUUUGCUGCAGCGUCCAGGUCUGGUCUUGAGUCUGCUCCCUGCUCGUGUCGUCUCCUGUCCCACCGGAAUUUCCUCUGGCACCACCGCCUUGGUCACCCCUCCCUGCCUUGUCUACGAGGCAUGGCCUCCCGUGUCCUUGUGUGUCCCAGGUAG